AUGUCGUUCGUUGCCGCCAUCAGCGACGCCGCCCGGAUCGGCACGUGGUCACGUGCCUGCGUGGCCUUGGCCGGGGUCGCCGACCAGAUCGCCUUCACCGUGCGCGCAACCUCGCUCUCGAUGCUCGCAGUGAACUCCAGCAAAACCACCCACGGCGAGGUGCACUUUGAGCAGGGCUUUUUCAACGAGAUUGCGUUCAGCGCCGCCGGCGUGCUUGAGGACGGCUAUUGCAGGGCCGCAGGCGCAUACUCGUUUGUGGUGUCGUCGAAACACCUCGUGAUGCUCUUGAAGAACUCGGACGCGGCCAGCCUCAACUACGUGUGUCUCCAGGUAGAGUGCAGCACGCACACGCCGGCCGUACGCCGGUACAAGCUCGGCGUGGAGAUCUUGACCAAGAAGUUGGUGCUCAAAAAGUACCAGAUCGGGUUCCAGCCCGUGGAAGUGGCGCCCACGGACAUCCCAGCACGGUACGAGACCCGGGCCCGCGGCAACGACGUGUUCCAGUACCUGGUCCCGGCCGCGACCUUCAAGCAGUUUUUGGACACGGCGCACGCGGCGGCCGAGGACUUUGGCGUCGAGGCCAAGGCCGGCCGGAUCGCGUUUGAGGCCUACACCAAGCUGGUGCUCCGGGACCGCGACUGCCUCAAGCAGCCCAUGCUGGUGACCAUGCAGAUGGCGGUGGCAGACUUGGCCCGCUGCAACUUG